AUGACAAACAGACAGAGAGACGACUGGGACAUUUGUAUAAACCUGUGCCCUAUUUGGGGGAACAUUAAAACAAACAAAUGCAAUAAUAGAGAGGUUUUAUUUGUGUUUUCAGAAGUGGAAAUGAAUUCUAAGCGUCCCAGAUCAUUCAUAAAAACGUUGUGCGUCGUGGUGCGCCUCCACAAAAAAGAAGUGAAACACGCUGAGGUGCAGGAGAGCUGGUUUAUAUUGUGGGGAUUGUGUUGUUGUUGGCCGUGUGCUGCGCUCAUCUGUGCGUCAAGCAGCGGCAGCAAUAACAAGGUGCGCGCAGCUGUGCGUGCAGGUGCGCGGCCUCCACCUGCUCAACGGCACAGAGAGAGGGGGAGAAAAGAGACAGGAAGAGAGAGAGAGAGCGAGAGAAAAAGAGAGAGAAAGAGGGAGAGAGGGGAGAAAAGGAAGAGGCGGAGGCUGAUCAAAAGCGUGAUUUUAGAUUGUUUAGGGAAGAGGGGAAAUGUUUCAACGAAUUUACAUCAGUUUUAUCAGCUUUAAAAUGCGCAAAAUGAGAAUUAAAGAUCCUAAAUUUGACAAGUCUAAGAGAAAUGAGAUGGAUAUUUUUUGUCUUAAAGUUUGUUACAUGAACUUCAAACCUUUUAUGUGACAUUACUGAAGUUUCAGAUUAGCAUUUUAGAUGUAAAGCAGAAUUGCAUCCGCGAAUAGAAGAAAAAAAUCGCGAUAUUUAAUCGUAUCUAACGGUGCAUUUAUCGAUACGCAUAUCGAUUUCUGACAAAUAAGACAAUCAGAACAUGGCUAGAAGGAGGAUGAAAACAUCAUCCCACAAAUAUAUUCUUAUAUCAGAGUUGUGUCUUUUCUGAAUUAAAUUUCUAUCAGAGAGAGAGAGAGUUCAGAACUCAUCUUCAUUUGUCUCAUUAUUCCUUGACUAAUUAGCUCCCAGACUGAGACAGGUGUGAGGUCUGAUCCACGCUCGUGUCUGCGUGGCUGCAGACCUGCGUGUUUUAUGAGCCGCUGACUCUCUCUUUUUCUCUCUCUCUCUCUCUUUUAAGCUGUCUGCGUCGCUGCGUAAACUUUCUAUUGGUCUGUCUUGUCUGGUGCGUUCAGGGACAACAGAGAACAAACAAACACAUAAACAAGAUCAUUAAAGAAGCGCCGCUCUUCAAUUGAUCAAAGGGGUCGAAAACGAGUCGGUUUAUGACUCAGAGGUUGCAAUCAGAGCUUUACCUUUCAUCUACUUUUUAAUUAAAAGAAUUUCGGACUCAGUUUUGUUUGUUUUAAUCUAAAUCUGAUGUGACACCCUCAAGAAAUUCAGGCCGACUGAUCUGUGCCGUGAUCAAAAGCAGACCCGCAGCUUCAGAGUCACAUCUGGCGACAGAUGGACACUUGCUGGAAAAAAAAAAAAAAGAGACAAAAGUUGUAGGGACUUUUUGCCGCUAUGUAACGACUCUCAUUGCCAUGUCACCCCUCUCCUUUUCCCUUCCCUCCCUCCUCCCCGACACCCUUCCUCAACUCCUGGCAACAGCAGACAAAGCGGGCGGGUUUUAGUGGUCUCCGCCGGGGCCGAGCAGCCUUUGAUCUGAACCCGUUAAGGAGAAGGAGCCUGGGGGGAGUGAGACCCGGAGGAGGAGGUAAAGUCACCUUAACCUACAUUUUAAACAUUUUCUUUCUGAAGAAUCUAACCACCCUGGUUGUGGUACAAUUAAUUUGCAUACACACCCCUCUUGACUGAGAAGAUGCUGCAGCCUAAUGUACGUUUCCUUUCUGCUGAUGUGCUGUUUGUCCUUACAGACCAGGUAAACAGGCCCCAGGCAGCCUGGACUUUCACAAAAGGGACCUCUAAGCGAUUAAAUCCGCAAGAAGGCAUGAAGGGGCCUUCAAAUGAACAGAGGCCUGCAGGUUUGGUGGGAUACAUGCAUCAGAGAGAGAGAGGCAUCCAUGCUUAUAUUUAACAUGGAAGGGUGCAGACACAGACGCACAAAUUUGGUGCACAAAGAGGGAAAAAUAUCGCCAAAACUGGAGCUUGAUGGGCAAAGAAUUAAAAAAUGAACAAAAGAAUGUUAAAAAAAUAAAUUCUGUAAAAAAAAAAAAUCAAAUCAUUUUGUCUUAAUCUAUGCACACAGGCCAAAAAUGGAGUACAAAAUUAAAGCUGACAGAAAAAAGAAAAAAAAAUCUCAACAUGGGAUUUCUGCUCCUGAUUCGUGCUUCGCCGCUCGUCCUGCCCCUCUGACAGGUUCACUCAGACACAGACAAAAGGUCUGCUCUUAAAUGAAGUUAGUGAUGGUCCACAUGUGCCAGAUCAGUCAGGCAUCGCAGACAGGCCGGCGAGCUCUAUUUCAGAUCAUGCAAAACGCACAGGGAAGAGGAAAAUGAGGAGGAAGAGGAAGAAGAUGGGGCUGCACAUGCGCCUGUCUGCAGCAAGAAGGAAUAAAAUGACGAAACGAAUGACUGGUUUGGAGAGUUUCAUGAAGGGAUAGCUCCCGACAUUGCAGAAUUAAUACAGUGUGUGGUCUUGAACGCCUCAUUGUCAUUGCAGAAAAGGAGCAUGUGAAGGAAACUGCAUUAAAAAGUAGAUUGGCAUUAUAUGAUCGUGCUUUGAAUUUAAUCAGCGUUUGAGGCCCUGUCGUUCAAGCUAUUAUGGCAGGAGUCUUAUUUUGAAAUUUCGUUAAAAUGUGCUGUUUUCUUGGCAGGUAAUUAAUUUGCAAAAAAGUUUUGUGUAAUUCUCGAUGUUUGACAGUAUUCUACUCACUAAAAAAACCUUAUUAAUACUAUUUAAAAAAAAUUUAAUCCUGAAAAUUAAAACCUCAUUCCCUCUCAAAAAGUCCAUAUCAAUUUAUAGAAACAUUUCUAAAUAUGAAGCUCAAUGUUUCAUGUUGCUCAGCCCUGAACCCCUCUGAGCUAAUAGGUUUACUCUUCUCAAACUGUGCUGCAGCUACAAUAACGAGGCAUUUUAUUGCUUCAGAAUCAUCUCUUUUUUUUGCUGCAAUUACUUGGCCAUAUAUUGUCAUUAGAAGUCUAUUAAAACAUCAAGUCAUUAUUUGGGCAUCCCCGGGAGGAGGGAAUUAGAAUAAAACCAUCUCUGCCACACGGGUCCCAUUUAGAUUAAUGGAAAAAUAUGUAAAACAUUUCGUUUUAAUUUUCCUCUGACGGUGUUUUGCAUACAUGCGCUGUCCCUCAUCAUUUAUGAAAGCAAUCUCCAGCAGCACAUUAGCGGCCUGUGAAACACUGCUCGCAGCCUAAUUGAUUCCCGUCACUAUUUUUGGUGAGGUUAUAAUCGUGUUAAUUGUAAUUUACUCUCUCAGGGAAUAGAAAGGAGAGAUGUGUUUAAAGAAGAAGCGGCGCGCGCGCUGAGGAGAUUAUAUCAGCUGCACGCAUAAUAGAAACGUCAUGUAGCAUUACACAGAGGAGGAAGACACACGGAGGCAUUCCUGCAAUCAAAAGAGACGUCAACGAGAUGCUGCGUGGGCUUUCACGCUGUAUUAUGUGAGCUGUGCGCCAAACUAACUUUAUGACACGAAGUCGGUUGCACAUUUCUGAUAUGGAGUCUAUACAUUUUCAUUUUUGGCCAAACUUUAUUACAUCUGAGCAGUUAAAACAAUCUGAAUGAAAUCACAAGUUUAAGUUGGCCUAUAUCUAUCAGACUGAGGUGUGCUUGUUAUUCUACACAUACAGAAUAAAGGGAAACCAGAACCAUAAUGGUAAGUAAAUGUAUGUCUAAAGCUUUGAAAGUCUAAAAAAAGAGUUACUUAAGGGAAGCUGGUGUUAAUUCACAGUUAAUUUUUUGCAUAUUUGCUUGUCUUUUUUUGUCAGGUAACUGAAGAAUAAAAACCGUAGUGGACAUAGUGCAAAUAUCAGAUAACUAAAAUGGAAAAAAAAGCAUUUCUAUCACAGAAUCACUCAAAGGUCUGUUUUGUUUUGCCAAACUUGCCAAAUUAUUUCCUCAUCCUCUUCUGAAGAGUUGCCCUUUUUGCCUCAUCCCUGCAUGAGUCCUUUUCUGAUUCCUCCGCUCAGAGAUGUUUCCUUCUUCCUCACUGUCUGUGUCUGUCUGCAGGACACCUGUUGGUGCAGAGCAGUCAUGAGAAGCUGAGCAGACCGGCCUCCUUCAGCACUGAAGUCACCUGGUGAGCCUGUGUUCAAGUCUGAGUGCUGCACAUUCACAGCAAAGGACUCUGUGGUCUAUUGCGCUGCUUUGGACGGACAGUCCAAGUGGGUUUUAAUUGAACGUUUGAGAGGAGAAAUCUUUGAAACUACAUAUUCAGGCACUAAAUGUUUGAAUUCCUGGUGAUCACAGUUAGAUGCCAGAAUCAUAAGAUCAAUGUUUAUGAAGCAAACCCUUUUUAAAUUUGAGACACAGAAAAGUUUUAAUACUUGGGAGUCAAAGUGGAAGGUGGUGUGGAUUAUUUUGAAAUGUGUCUCUAUUUUUUUUGCCUCCUAACGUCUGAAAUGUUCACUUCUCUGCAUAAAAAUCCUUGCAAACCUAAAAACUACAACUUCAAAAAUAAAUAUGUGAGUUAUCAUGAAGACUUUGUUGAACAAAACUGAGCAGGGCAAAAUUCAUGGCAGAGCAUUUAUAUCAGUUUGCACAACAUUGUGCAAGACAACUUAACCAAGACGGUAAAUGUGCAAAUAAAGAGAGGAGGUUUUGUAUAACACACUAGGGUAAAAAUGUCAAAUAGCACCAGUAUAAUUUAAAAGUCUGCAUGUUCAAUUCUUCAUGAAACAUAGUAAGAUUUCUCUUGCAUCUUCUGUGCAUUGUUUUUUAGAUAAGACUGCAGCAUCAAAUCACAUGCAUGAACAUUUAAAAAGUCACAAAUUCGGACAUUCCUGUUUAAUGACACAGCACAAAUCCAGAUACAUCCCCAAAUCAGAGUGAUCAGUCCAGGCUGCUCACAGUCUGCAAACCGACGAGUGGAUGAAACAUCCCUGAACCCACAUUGAUUUUAAAGUUCUGCAGCAGCUCCACCCAAACAAUGUUUGUGGAUUUAUUUCAUGAGAGGCAAACAUAAUUGCAGAUUUGUAGAGUAUAAUAGUGGUAGUUGGCGAAAACAAACAAACAAGCUGGAUGUGAAUUACCGACAGGCACAAAAAGUGAGCCAGGGGUGAGAGAAGUAUGUGGCUGAAUGCCAACGAGACGGCUUACUGUUGGGGUCUUUGGCUGGGCGCAGGAGUGGUUUCGAUCUUUUUUGUCUGGCCUGGCCCUGGCACCGACCGCCGUCCUGCCCCAGACACAAUAGCUCAUACAGUAGGAGAGAGAGAGGGAGGGAAAGAGAGAGGGAGUGAGGGAUGAGUGGAUGAGGGGCAGGGGAGGUGUGGUGCCUUUCAUUACCAUGGUCACCAAUGGCACUAUUAACCAUUCAACACCCCCCCAAUUAUCCUCCCAUCCGCAGUCAGAGAGACAAAGCCUCAGUCCUGGUCUGCUGGAGCAACAUGGCCACUAAUCUGUCUCACUUCAGCAUCACACCCACUUCACUUCGCUGUCUGUGGAAGUCAGACCAGCUCAGACAUUGCACACAAAUGCAUUGUACUCCCUCAUUUAUUGACUGUGUUUACAAUUCGUCUUCAGAAAGUGCCCCAAACCACUAACCCCUCAGUGGGACGAGUACAGUUAUUUAAUCUGAAUACUUACAAACGUGACCGCACUUUAAAAGGACUUCAAGAAACCUCUUCAGAGGUUAAUUGUCUUGCUCCACUUAAGAAUGUGAAGCUGUGCAAAAAAGGGAUUUUUUUCUGUUGACGCCAAAUAAAGGUGAAUUGUCUUUUAUGUAAAGUUUAGUAUAAGUGGCACAGAUCGAAGUGUUGGCAUGGGAGGUGUUCAAGGAAUCAAAACCUGUCCACAUUUUCUGCCCUUUGGAUAACAUGGGAGAGGAAUCCCCUAUUUUUGUGUUUUUCAAAUACAAAAUACUACUUUGUGUCAUCCUGGAAAUGAUUUGGAGGGUUUCAAUCUUAGGUUUUCUUAAUUUCUUCAAAAAAAAUAGUGAAUCUAUUUUGUUUAUGUUUUGGGGGGAUGUGUUCAUGCAGUAUUUGUUGCAGGGGAAGAAAUCAUUUGAAAAGCAAAAGUGAUAAAAUAGGUGCGUGUCAGGAGUAAAAAGUUCCCACUCCAACAUCAGAGGUGUAAAAUGAGGUGUACAAAAAAGAGGUGUUCAAGAGAAAACAUCUUUUAUAAAUUCUUGAAGAUAUUUUGUUUAUUUAACGGAGGAGUCCCCUGUGCUGCUCUUCAAUUUUUGUAUUUGCUGCACUGUCCUCACAGUUUCAUUUUUGUGGCAUCUUUUGCAGGGGAAAGGGGCUGCAAAUCUCAGUUUUUCUUAAUUUUCUACUUAGUGUUUCACAAAAUAGUAAAUUACUGUUUACUGUAAAAAUAUACAUAAAUAUUUGUUGCAAUUUUCUCUGAAUUUGUAGAAAUACAUAAAAGUUAAAUCAUAAAAAUCAAACAAAAACGUCAGUGGAAUAAUUCAGUGUGAGGUUCCACUUUCCAACAACAGAGGGACAAACUGAGGCGUGAAAAUGAGAGGCAUUCGAGGAAUCAACUUUUCUGAGACUAUUCAGAGCUGUUUUCUAAAUUUUGUUGAUAUGAUGGGGAGUUUUCCAAGGUAGGGGUUCAAUUUUUGUUGUCACUUUGUUUGAUGUCGUGGACUCUGCUUUUGUGUUGUCAUGUUGGUGUUUCUCUUUCAGUUUUAAUUUUAGUGUCUUAUUUUCAUUUGUGUCAUAAAAACAGUAUUUUCCUGUUGUAUCCAGAUACACGUGCUGUCAUCCUGAAUGUUUGUAGCAGCUCAGCUUGUAGGAGUUUUAAUCAAACGUUCAUCAUAAAAUACAAACUUAACAGGUGAAUCUCAUGUCAGAGCAGUAGCUGAAAAUUUAAUGCAGAGUUUGUGUUGAAUGAGAGAUCAGUAGUGAAACAGUGCCGCAGCGUGUGCAUGUAUGCACUGUUUAUUUUUCGUGCAGGUCAUGGUGAGUCAAACGCCGCACGCCUUCUCCAUCAAGACCACAGGCCCGCAGCUGCCACAGAGCGAGCUGCACGUCUUUACUAAGCAGACUGACACACAAAAAAGCUAAAUGGUGGAUUUACGCACUUCCAUUUGGGUGUUAUUUUUUUUUAAGUGAGUGAGACUUUGAUGUUAGGGAGUCAGGGCCUGAGCGGGGGGGCCGAGGCCUGACUGGAGGACUGGGGCCUAAUGAAUAGAUCCCACAACAGUGGCUUGUUGUGUUUGUUUACCCUUUUUUCGCCCAGCUGCCUGGACCGUGGAGAUGGGAGAGCAUUCAUCAUGACCUGGGACACAGACUGA